GAGUAUCCGGAUGUCUUGAAUUUGCUUGCCAUUCUGCUCUGUUCCUCUACCACCUCAUUACUAGACGUGGGCAUUGGACGUGAUAAUCAACUAUAUUUGAACUGAGCAGAAGAAUAUUAAAGGCAGUCUUCAGAAGAAAUGCCUCAAAGACAGCCUCAGUCACCUAAUCAGACUUUAAUUUCAACCACAAAUGAUACAGAAUCAUCCAGCUCUGUCGUUCCUAAUGAUACCAAAAAUAAAGGAUGGACCACAGACAACUCUCCAGGAAUAGAAGCAUUAUGUGCCAUCUAUAUCACGUAUGCUGUAAUCAUUUCAGUGGGCAUCCUUGGAAAUGCUAUUCUCAUCAAAGUCUUUUUCAAGACCAAAUCCAUGCAAACGGUUCCAAAUAUUUUCAUCACCAGCCUGGCUUUUGGAGAUCUUUUACUUCUGCUAACUUGUGUGCCGGUGGAUGCAACUCACUACCUUGCAGAAGGAUGGCUGUUCGGAAGAAUUGGCUGUAAGGUGCUCUCUUUCAUCCGGCUCACUUCUGUUGGUGUGUCAGUGUUCACGUUAACAAUUCUCAGCGCUGACAGAUACAAGGCAGUUGUGAAGCCACUGGAGCGACAGCCCUCCAAUGCCAUCCUGAAGACCUGUGCCAAAGCUGGCUGCAUCUGGAUCGUGUCUAUGAUAAUUGCUCUACCAGAGGCUAUAUUUUCAAAUGUAUAUACUUUUCAAGAUCCCAACAAAAAUAUGACAUUUGAAUCAUGUGCCUUUUAUCCUGUUUCUGAGAGGCUCCUGCAAGAGAUACAUUCUCUGCUAUGCUUCUUAGUGUUCUACAUUAUUCCACUCUCUAUUAUCUCUGUCUAUUAUUCUUUGAUUGCUAGGACUCUUUACAAAAGCACCUUGAACAUACCUACUGAGGAACAAAGGCAUGCCCGCAAGCAGAUUGCAUCCCGGAAGAGAAUUGCCAAAACAGUGUUGGUGCUGGUGGCUCUGUUUGCUCUCUGCUGGUUGCCAAAUCACCUCUUGUAUCUGUACCGCUCGUUCACUUAUCAAACCUACGUGGACCCCUCUGCCAUUCAUUUUGUUGUGACCAUUGUGUCUCGGAUUCUGGCUUUCAGCAAUUCUUGUGUAAACCCCUUUGCUCUUUACUGGCUGAGCAAAACCUUCCAGCAGCAUUUCAAAGCUCAGUUGUUCUGUUGCAAGGCAGAGCUGCCUGAGCUUCCUGCUGAUACCCCUCUUAACAAUCUGGCUGUGAUGGGAAGGGUCCCGGGUGCUGGGAGCACGCAGGUGUCUGAAAUUAGUGUGACCUUGUUCACUGGGGGUAGUGUGAAGAAAGAAGAUGACAGAGUCUAAAUUUAAAAUGGUAUUUUUCCUCCCAGCGUGUGUAUCCAACUCUGAACUAUG